CUUCUUCUUCCUUAAUUUCAUCACAUCACAACUCUUACCUCUCUACAUUGACGAAAACACCCCUUUGCUUCUCUUUGCUUUUCUCCCUUUGCAUGUUGUAGCUGUUUUUGCUUCAUCAAUGGGGUUUUUAGUAAUCUCGGCUCUCCUGCUGCAUGUCCUAACGAUUUCCGUCUGCGUUCAAGGCUUUUACCGUCGUGGUGGCCACCAUCACGGUGGCCACGGUGGGCCGUGGAUCAACGCUCAUGCCACUUUCUACGGCGGUGGUGAUGCUUCCGGCACUAUGGGUGGAGCGUGUGGGUACGGGAAUCUGUACAGCCAAGGUUACGGAACGGAGACGGCGGCGCUGAGCACGGCGUUAUUCGAUAACGGACUUACCUGUGGUGCGUGCUUCGAGCUGAUGUGUGUCAACGAUCCUCAAUGGUGCAUAAAAGGCCGCUCCAUUGUGGUCACUGCCACUAACUUUUGUCCUCCUGGUGGCGCCUGCGAUCCUCCCAACCACCAUUUCGAUCUUUCUCAGCCCAUCUACGAGCGAAUCGCUCUAUACAAAUCCGGUAUCAUCCCGGUUAUGUACAGAAGGGUUCGGUGCAAGAGAAGGGGCGGGAUAAGGUUCACGAUCAACGGACACUCAUACUUCAAUUUGGUGCUGGUCACAAACGUUGGUGGGGCUGGGGACGUACACUCUGUCUCGAUGAGAGGUUCAAGGACAAAAUGGCAAUUCAUGUCAAGAAACUGGGGGCAAAAUUGGCAAAGCAACUCUUAUCUCAACGGUCAAAGUCUGUCGUUUGUUGUCACCACAAGUGAUCGCCGAAGUGUCGUCUCGUACAAUGUUGCUCCUCCCACUUGGUCCUUUGGCCAGACCUACACCGGAGGGCAGUUUCGGUACUAACUUAUUCAAUGGUGUCAUUAUAUUCCAGACCGAUUUGGUUUGGUUCGGUUCGGUUUUUGUAAUUGCCUUCUUCUUUUUUUUUUCCGGUUCGACGUUGGGGACUUUUUUUCGGUAACCAAUUGAAAGUUGGACUGAUA